UUUUUCAGAUCAUUUACUCACUUAAAAACGUAUUUCAUUUGCUUGUUCUUUUUGUUCAACAAUGGCACUGACGACAGAUGCUUUUUUUGAACGGAUUGGGAGUUUUGGUCGCUACCAGAUUGCGCUCAACGUGUUUUUUAAUCUAUGUUAUCUCUUUUGGUGGGCUGUUCCCGUGAUGAUCAUGGUGUUUAUAGCUUCAGAACCCAACUGGAAAUGUAUAAAUAACUCCACUUGCUCAUUCACAGACAGCAUUAGUAUCAGAGACGAGAGAUACAAACACAGAUGUAACAUCUCAAGGGGAGACUGGAAAUUCGAAGACGACUUCACAUCAGUUGUCACUGAGUUCAACCUUGUCUGUGACCGCGGCUCCUUGGGAUUCGUAUCAACCUCUGUGAUCUUCGCAGGUUUCUUUGUUGGCAGCAUUGUUGUUGGUACUUUGUCAGACAAGUUUGGCAGGAAGCGCCCUCUCUUUAUCUGUGGCUUUUUCUGCUGGCUGUUCAAUUUUGUUUCUGCAUUUGCACCGACGUUUUGGUUUUUCGCUCUUUGUCGUAGCAUAGUUGGCUUUAUGCUGGGAGGGUAUAGCAUCCCGGUGUUUGUGUUGGCAAUGGAGUUUUCUGGGAUACGUCACAGGGGUGCCGCAGGAGCACUCGUUUGGAGUGGUAUUGCAGUGGGAAGUCAGGCCUUAGCCGGAUGUGCUUAUGCCAUUAGAGAUUGGAGGCUUCUGACCAUUGUCACAGGAGCUCCUGGGUGCAUGCUUGUAAUUGGCUGGUUUUUUAUUCCGGAGUCCAUCCGUUGGCUUCUCAAGAAAGGUCGGGUGAUGGAAGCGAGAGACAUACUUAGUAAAGUUGCUAAGGCGAAUGGUAAAAGCAUGCCAGGAGAGGCAUUACUUUUGCCCAAUGACGAGAAUAUUGAGCGACUUGGUGACUUUCGUGAUUUGUUUAUGUCGGCUGGGAUGGUUCACAGGACACUCGCUUCUUGGCUCAUGUGGUUUGCAGUAUCUUUUAUUUACUGGGCGACAGCUUUUAGUGCACCAUUUAUUGGGGGCAAUACCUACAUCAAUGUUGUCAUUGCUGCUGUUGCCGGUUUAAUAGCAUACCCUCUAUCUGCUGUUUUGGCGGUCAGAUUUCGUCGAAAGCAGAUCAUUGUGGUAUCGUUUAUUCUAUCGGCUGUGGGAGCAGUUGGUGCACUUCUUUUAUCAGACAAGGAUAACGACAAAGGUUAUCUGAUUGGUAAAAUCUUCAUGUCCAUGGUUGUUGCCAGGCUUGCUGUAGCCAUCGCAUUCACUUUGAUUUACAUUUUCACCGCAGAGAUGUUUCCGACGACUUUGAGGAACGUUGCCAUGGGUACAUCAACAGCUGCUGCCCGUGUAAGUGCUUUAUUGUCAGCCUUCGCUCCGCUAUUGCUAACCGUCCACCGAUUUCUUCCAUUUGGAAUAAUGGCUGGUUUGGCCGUGGCAGCUGCUGUUGUUUGCCUCACUCUACCAGAGACUCACAACCAACCAACUAAAGAAAAUCUGCGUCAGGAAGAAGCCAACCGAAAAAAUGAAAAACUUCGUGACGUAGCUCAGUGCCAAAGUUUUAUAGAAAUCCCAAGAAAAUGAACCAAAACUGUAUUGAAACCUAACUACCUGGUUCUUAAGGGAUUGUUCUGUUACUUUAGCUAAACUCGGUUUUAUAACACAAGCUCACUAACCCUGGCUGUCGAAGCUUCAUAGCUUAGAGGGAAGUAUACUUGAGAUAUUUGCGGUCAAGCAAACAGAGCCCUGUGUUCACAAAAUCAAUUUAUAACAUAACCAAAGUAAAGCGCGCGCUCUGAUUGGUCAAUUUAGCGUCCCCCAUUUGCCCAUGGGUGUAC